UGCAUUAAUCUUAAUGCGGAAGUGUGUGGGUUGUGUUGCAUUUAUAAGUGACUGCACUGACUGAAAUCUUCAUUUUCUAGCCUUGCAAUCGUCGCUUGCCGGAGGCUCUAGCUGUUGGAUCUGUUUAGUUUCUGCAGCUCUACGAUCAAAAUAUCAAGAUGCGUGAAGUGAUCUCUCUCCAUGUUGGCCAAUGUGGCGUUCAGAUGGGAAAUGCUUGUUGGGAGCUGUAUUGUCUUGAGCAUGGCAUUCAGCCAGACGGAUUGAUGCCUUCUGACAAGACUAUCGGUGGCGGUGAUGAUUCUUUCAACACUUUCUUCAGCGAGACUGGUGGAGGAAAGCAUGUACCUCGUGCUAUUUUCAUUGACCUCGAACCUAGUGUUAUUGAUGAAGUUCGCACAGGCACCUACCGGAAACUUUUCCACCCUGAGCAACUCAUCACUGGCAAAGAAGAUGCUGCCAACAAUUAUGCUCGUGGCCACUACACUGUGGGGAAAGAAAAGGUUGACGAGACAUUAGAUCGAGUUCGCAAGCUUGCCGAUCAGUGCACUGGCCUUCAAGGAUUCCUUAUUUUCCGAUCGUUUGGUGGAGGUACUGGUUCUGGCUUUGCCUCUCUUCUAAUGGAGCGUCUCUCGGUUGACUUUGGAAAGAAAUCCAAGCUCGAAUUCUCUGUCUACCCAGCUCCUCAAAUUGCCACUGCUGUUGUUGAACCGUACAAUUCGAUUCUUACGACUCACACAACGUUGGAGCAUGCUGACUGUUCUUUCAUGGUUGACAACGAGGCUAUCUACGAGAUCUGCAAGAGGAACCUUGAUAUUGAUCGUCCUAGUUACUCUAGCCUCAAUCGUCUUUUGGCUCAAGUUGUUUCUUCAAUCACAGCUUCACUGCGAUUUGAUGGCUCUCUGAAUGUUGAUUUGACCGAAUUUCAGACAAAUCUUGUCCCCUACCCUCGAAUUCACUUUCCUUUGGUGACCUAUGCCCCCAUUAUCUCUGCUGAGAAGGCCUAUCACGAAACUCUAACAACGAUGGAAAUCACCACAUCAUGUUUCGAAACUGCCAGUCAGAUGGUGAAGUGCGACCCUCGUCAUGGCAAGUACAUGGCCUGCUGUCUACUCUAUCGUGGUGAUGUUGUUCCCAAGGAUGUGAAUACUGCUAUUGCUAACAUCAAAGCAAAGCGUACUAUCCAAUUUGUUGACUGGUGUCCCACCGGCUUCAAGGUCGGAAUCAAUUAUCAAGCUGCAGCAGCCGUCCCUGGUGGUGAUGUGGCUAAAGUUCAACGAUCUGUUUGUAUGCUGUCUAACACGACUGCCAUUGCUGAGGCCUGGGCUCGUCUUGACCACAAGUUCGAUUUGAUGUACGCCAAGCGUGCAUUCGUCCACUGGUAUGUGGGAGAAGGUAUGGAAGAGGGAGAGUUCUCUGAGGCUCGUGAAGAUCUUGCUGCUCUCGAGAAAGAUUACGAAGAGGUUGGUACCGACACUGCAGAAGAUGGUGACGAAGAUGAAGAGGAGGAUGAAUACUAACUCAAAACUGAAUUUAUAUUUUGUACUAUAACGUAUAAUACCCUAUGCCCUGUUAUUUGAUUGUAUUUUAGUUGUGCAAAAACAAUUUAUAUCAAAAUCCUUUCUGCACAGUGUGUAGCUUUUUAUAA